AUGACAGAAAACUGUGAAAAUAAUAUUAACCUUGAGAUAUACGUGAAGCACUUUGCUCCUAAUGCCGAUAGAAGCAGUCAGCUUUCACCUCAACAACAAGGACAAAUAUUGAGCGAUAUCCAGCAACAUCAACACAGAUUUGAUUUGCCUCGAAAUCAACAACAAUUCGAACCUCAACAUUUCCAGACAAAUCAAAAUUUCCAGUCGACGAAAACAUUACAGACAUUUUUGAAUCAGCAGCAGUUUGUUUCUCAGAGCCCUUUACAACUGAAUACGCAAGAAAGUUUUGCUCAAAAUGAAUUUUUGAAUAAUUUGCCUUUAUUAAAAUCGAUACCAACGAACGUUGUCCCCACGCCGCAGCAAGCUUAUCAACAAAUAUCCCCACCAACUAAUCAAGUGAUUUUUCCAGAUCAAAAACCUUCCGAAAGGACGAAAGUCAUUCAACAUCAUACGCAAACCAGUUUCCAACCGGCUCGCCAGUCACUUCCGCUAGGACCACAGUUCAUUCAACCCAGACCAACAACUGAUCCCAUUUCCCUUAUAGAACAACAAAUCAAAUCGUUAGAUCCAGAAAAACACAAACAAAAAAUUAAAGAACUAAGAGAAAAACAAGCUAUAAUCGAAAAACAUGCUCAGUUCGUUGAAAAACAAUACGAAAAAGCGCUUAAAAAAGCACAAGAGGAACAUCAAGCUUUCAUCGAUAGACAGAGGAACCAAAAGAAGCAACUUUAUCAAAAAUUGUACAAAACUUCUGCGGAAACAGUUUCGUUACCACAAACAGCACCAAGAUUAUUAUAUCCAGAAGAAAUUAGUUUAUUUGAACAAGCCGUUAAACAAUAUUACGACGAACAUCCAACAACUACUUCGAGUCCUAGUACUAGUAGUACCAUUUCACCAACAUUUCUACCUACAGCGUUACCACAAUCUAAAGUUAAAUCGAUACAAACUUUAGAAGACCUGAAUCAAUUAAAAAACGAGUACAAAUCGCAAAAAAUACGAAAAGAUGAUCUCCUCGAACAACUGAGAUUAGCAAUUGGUAGAAGACAAGAAGAUGAAAGUGAAAAAACUUUGAGUUCUAGGGAGAUAUCAUCAUCUAAAGCAAAAACAAAUCAACUAAACUCACCAGGUGAUCAAGCAAACGCUUCCAAAGGGAAAGAAGAUGGAAAUGUCCUACUACCAAGCGGUCACCAAGUGAAUAUAUUCGGAACCACUACUAUUCCGAAAGAAAUAACUUUACCGAACGGACAAAAAGCUCAGUUGAUCGCCAGUACCACCCAACCGACGCCUAUAGAAGAAAUAAUACUUCCAAACGGGGAAAAAGUCGAAUUGAUCAAAACUUCGGAUCCCAGUUUGGUACCUGAUGGUGUUAAAGUCGAACCUGGUAGCGAUUUAGAAAAAUUAGUAUUUUCUAGAACAACUACAACAACGGAAACACCACCGAAAGCUAUUUUAGACGAACUUACCAAAACCGUACCGUCUUCUAAUUACGAAUUAUUAAAAACAGGCGCGAGUGGAAGUUUAGAAUCCAUCGGGAAGAACCUCCCUGAUGAAAAAAAAGUAACGUUCGUACUUUUAGAAGAACAAAGUGAUGGUACUUUGAAAAUACAAGGCGUCAAAGGAAACGAUAAAGAUAAACCUGUCGAUGUCGACGCCAUUUUAAACAAAAUUAGAAAAGGAGAAAUAAAAUUACCAAAUAAUCCUAAUAUAAGCACAACUACACAUACACCCGAUAUAAUAUCCUCAACUUUACGCAAUGAUUUUACAACGUUAGGUGAAAUACGUGCUACUAUUACCCCAAAUUCGUUCGCUACCGAAGAACCCCGAUUCGUUAGUACCAUAAGUGAAUAUAACGAAGAAGAAACUGGAAUACCAUCAUUAAAAACCAAUAUAGGAUUUAUUAAAUCAAGCGUCUAG